AUGGCGAAAACAGUCACAUCAACCAGUGCAAUAACAGGUGAAAAGAUGGCUGCCCCGUCCAUCACUCUACUUCCUGACAAGAGAUCACCGACAAACAGUCACAGCUCCCCAGCCCGGACGGGAAAAAGCAACAAAACUGCGUGUGCUCUCUGUCCUUCUGUCAUGGGGAUUACAGCUCCAUCCACAGAGAAGAAGCCGCAAUUAAAUGGACAUGCAUCGCCUUCACACUUACCCGCUAACAUCAGCAGCAACCAUGCAGGUAAACAAAUUGCGGAGGGUUACAUGAAGACAGACGACAGGAUGCGUUUAGCCAAAGAGAGGCGUGAGGAGAGGGAGAGGAGCCUGGCGGCCAGGGAGCAGCUGAUCAGGGAGAAGGAGCGCAGGGCUCGGCUACAGUAUGAACGCACAGUGGAGGAACGCUGGAGGCGGUUGGAGGAGCAUAGGCAGAAAGAGGAGCUCCGCAGAGCUGCAGUGGAGGAAAAGAGGAGGCAGCAGUUUGAAGAGGAGAGGGGGCGACUGGAGGCCCUGAUGAAACGUUCUCUGGAGCGCAGCCUUCAGCUGGAGCAGAGGACCAAACGCUGGAGCAGGGGCUGCCCUGCAGGAGGAGGUGACAGUGAGAAUGCCCCACUCCCUUUCUCUGCUGCCUCCGCCUUUUCCCAUGGCAUUGCCUCCCCCCUUCCUGCUGUCAGCGAAUCUGCACCCUGCAGCCCUCACAGGUCACCUUUCUGCAGCUCACUGAACCCUGACAGAGCUGGACUUCAGGGAGGAUCUCAGUCUACUCCCAAUACCCCCAAGAAAGAACGUCUGCGCAGAGAAAGAAGAACUGCAUCCCCAGGUUGUGGAUCUCCUGUGAGAAGAUCUGAAUCUCCUGCUAAUGUCAGCAAGCACUUGGCUUCCCCCACUACCUCCAAGCUGGCCUCUAAAAUGCGUGCCCAGUCUCCUAGCAAUGCACAUCAGUACCAUCACUCUCCUAUAAGACAUCGUCCAACCCUGCUGACUGAUGAUAGGAAAGCAGAAGAUAAGAAGGCAGAAAAACAACAAUGCAAGACUGAGACAGCAGUAAAAAAGACUACAACCGACAUCAACAACAUGAAUCCGCCUUCACAAGCUGAGGGGAACGUGGUUGAAAUCAAUAAAACCAGAUCAUCUAAGGGUGAAACUUUGGAUAAGCCCCUCAAAGGCGACACAUCUGAAAGAAAUCAGUCCCCUGACAGAAAGGACCACAAAACGGAUUUGUCAGAGAAGACUGAAUGCAACGCUCAGGAUGGAGAAAAGAAAAAAGAAUCAGCAGCAUGCAUGUCCACAGGCAAGGCUGCAGCUGGCACAACAAAUGCAGAGGAGGCUACCAGGUUGCUGGCAGAGCGCAGGCGUCAGGCUCGAGCUCAAAAAGAACUGGAAGAGAAAAAACGAGAACAAGAGGAAGAAGAAAGAAUAAAGGAGGAACAGCUCAGAAAGCAACUUGCACAGGAGCAGCGACAGGCUGAGUUGAAGGCUCAGCAAGAGAAAGAGAAGGCAAAAAAAGAGGAAGAUGCUCACAGGGUUAAACAAGAAGAAGAGAAACGAGAACAAGAUGUGCAAGAGAAGGACCAACAAAUGGACAAAGAGAGAGAACAAAAUAAAGUCCACGCUCAAGAGGAAGCAGAGCGUCAGCGGCAAGAUAGAGAACUGCAGACACAACAAGAAGAGGAGGAGCGACAACUAAGGAAAAAGAGAAUUGAAGAGAUCAUGAAGAGAACUAGGAAAGGUGAAGCUGAGUUGAAGGUAAAGGAGGAGCAGGUGGAGACAAAGUCCGUCUCACCGCCAGGGGAGGUAAAGACUGUUCAAACUAAUGCUCAGGUGAAAGAGCAAGCAAUCAAAAAGGUUGAGUUUCAGGUUAAAGAGCAGGUCCCAGUCCAGGGCAACAUGAAGGAGAAUGACCUGGUAAAGAAAGAAGUAGCAGCACAGAUGGACAAUCAGAAGAGUAUGCAAGUUAAAAACAACACUCCUCAAGUGACACCAACAAACAGUGUUUCCGACAAGAGACAGGACACCAAACAAGCCAGUGAAGGCCAACUUAACAAAGAUGGCAAAGCCUGUCUUCCAAAGGCUAAACAGGAGGAAGAGGUCGAAAUGAAUGUAAAAAAGCAGCACAGAGUAGACGUUAAAGCCACAGACCAAAUAAAAAAACAGCCAACCAAGACAGCAGAUGCCAAAGUGAACCAAACUGAGGGCAGUAUGAUGAAUGGAGCAGUUAAGGGUGAGGAAAGUGCCUUGAUCAGUUGCCGUCUAACUGCUGAGGUAAGCAAACUGCAAAACAAGCAUGUGUCGACAGCUGAGGGUAAAGUAAAAGGAAAGUCCCAGAUGGAGGUUAUUAGACCCUCUGUGAAACCCCUGCCGGUGGAACACCUAUCACCGCCAAUCAUCAAGCUGGAGCCACUGGAUGUGAAGGGAACAGGGUCUGGUGAUGAGGUGCAAUCCAUGGAGGUGAGCCCAGCUUCAAAGGAGGAACUGAUUUCAAUCCCAGAGUUCUCACCAGUUAAUGAAAUCCAGCAUAGCAGCAUGAGUAACACCCGUGCUCUUGAAGACCUGUUGGACCUGACAGGCAGCGUCACCUACCCCAAACUGUCUUCUGAAGGCAAUGUAGGCGACUGUAACAAGAACCUCAUUGGGGGCGUUGUCAGUCCUAUGUCAGACUCAAAGCUCAUUGGGAUGUCGCCUCCGUCCUCAAAUAAACUAAAGAUCCAGUAG